ACCAACAGCUAGCGAAAAGUGAAGUGUAGUAAAUAAUUAUUCUUUCGUCUUGGGAAGGGGAGUUGCUGGUGUUGUAGCAAAAGAAAAGAUGCUAAGGAACAUUUUAAGACUGGGCUAGGUUAACUGUCGUUAUUUAUAAAGAUGACAAAACUACUUAAAAACCCUAUACAUGCAGAGCAGCUCUUGCAAAGCCUCCAAGAACUGAAAAAGGAUACGAAACACUGUGACCUUAUUCUGGUCAUAGAUGGGAAGGAGUUUAACGUUCAGCAGAGCGUGCUCUGUGCAGCUUCUCCGUACUUCAGGUCUCUGUUUGACUAUGAAGGCAGAUUUUGUCUAGAAACUAGAAAUGGCAAAGCUGUGAAAGCCAUUGACAUAGAUGAACUGAGUGCUGAGACAUUUGACCAGAUAUUAAAGUUUACCUACUCAGGAGAAAUUGAGCUGAAUGAGGAGAAUAUACAGGACAUACUGCAAGCCGCUGAUGUACUUUUAAUGGCUGAUCUAAAGAACCUUUGCUGUGAAUUCCUUGAGGAUUGUAUCUGCUCGUCAAAUUGUCUUGGAAUCAGGAAUUUCACCGAACUCUACUCAUGCCCUCGGGUGCAUCGCUUAGCAACAGAUUGGCUGGAAACAAAUUUUGAAUCAGUCACAAAGGAGGAGGAAUUUCUGCAGUUGCCAUUUGAAAAACUUGAAGAAAUUGUUGGCAUGGAUAACCUUAGUGUAUCGCAAAACAGAUGUGAAUUUGUUAUCCUGGAAGCAUCACUGCAGUGGAUACAGUACGAUGAGAAGUACCGCAGCGUACAUCUUGCCAGGCUCCUGGAAUUAAUCAGAUGGGGGAGUAUACCAGCUAACUUGCACGAUGAGGUAUUACAGAACCCAUUGGUAAGCGCAGAUGAACAAGUGAGAGAACUUGUGCAGAAAUACCUUGUGAAUCCAAUACCAGCAAAUAUGAGAGGCUACAAGAAUGUGAUCAUGGUGGCUGGAGCCUUUAAGAGCAAUCAAGAGUCUUCAAGUUGUUGCUUGAUAGUCCCAGCACCAGUUCAGUAUUGGAUUCCAAUGGCGCCGAUGCUGAUGCCGAGGGUAGAUCAUGCUAUUGUUGCCACCGGGGGUUAUGUUUAUGUAACCGGUGGUACCAACAGUUGUUAUGGCUACGGGAGAAAUCGUCGCGGAAUUGUACUUAAUACAGGAGAAAGAUACGAUCCUUCUUUGAAUCAGUGGACUGCAAUAGCACCUAUGUUGACAUGUCGUGAGAAUCACAAUCUUGUUGCUAUUAAUGAUGACAUUUAUGCGAUCGGUGGAAAUAACAUGAAUGAACGAGAACUAACGUCAGUGGAGGUAUAUAAUAUAUUAACGGAUACAUGGAAGUAUUCAGUUUCCAUGCCGAUUCCACGAAUGUUCCCGUGUUGCAUCGUCAUGCAAAAAAAAAUCUUUGUGAUAGGUGGCUGUUCGCAGGGUCAGGUUUACGAGUCGGUUGAGUGUUACGAUCCGAUGUUGAAGCAGUGGAAGACAGCCGUGCCCAUGAAGGAGCGGCGGGCAUGUGCAUGCGGAGUGGCUGUCGGGGAUUCAAUAUUUGUUUUUGGCGGGAAACGCAGCUUAAUGUGUCCCAGUGCUGAGAAUCGCACCAAGUUCUGUGGCUCAGAGGUAUACAUUGCUAGUAAAGGCCUCUGGUUCAGCCUGCCACCGAACAACCUGUGCAGCAUGCAGGAUUUAUCUAAUGUAAGUGCUGUGUUUCAUAUAGAGGAUCAGAUCUUAGCGAUGGGUGAUCUUUACAUACAGUGGGAGAACCAGUGUCUACGUGGCGUGGACCAGGGAGGCUUCGGACAGUGGUACGAGAUAGUUCUGCAUCAUCCACCAUUCCGACAGCGAAACAUGAAGGCCUGUGUUAUGAGAAUGCCGGCAUCGGUCUACAUGAAACUUAAGGCGUCAUAUUCAUAAAGUUGCUGUAAGAAGAAAAAUACCUAAAUUGCUAUUCUUUUUUUUAAAUCAAAGGACCAAUGUGUGUGAAGUGUAAAGUAAAUAAUACACAAGAGUAAACAAUUCAAUACCUUGGGAUAUUUUAAUAUUUACAAACAAAAUGCACAGGUCUGUUAAGGCUGUAUUGUAUGUCGCCACUGCAUACAAUUAUGUAUAUACAGAAACAACAUAUUAAAACUUGUUUUAGUUGAGACUGAUCGCAAGCCAGCAGCUGAAUCAGCUCUCAACUACUCAUACAGUGGCAUAUUUGGGGGUGGGGGUGCGGGUGUGUGUGCGUGUAGGGCACUCACAACCUCCAUUUUCCCCACUAAAUUUUGUAGGCUAAAAGUCACCUAAUAUCACCUUUACGGUAUUUCAUCAGCUAGGUCCCCUUCACUUUUCGUCAAGCCCUCGCACUUACACUUCGAGCACCAUCAGCCUCCCCCCCCCAUUUUAGUAUGCCACUGUUAUCAUGUAUUCAUUACAGUAUGUUUGAAUGGUCAGUAAGUUGAACAUCUGUAAGUCUAUGAAUCUUUCAAACUUACAGUAUUUGACCAAACAAAUCAUGCGGCUUGAAGUUCAAACGUGUUUUAUUUACACCCGAUUCACACAAGACAAAAUGUUGCAAGCUUUCCCUGCUACAUUCUCUCCAUCCAUGUGAAUGACAGCACAUUUAUGUAAAGAUCAAAUAAAAACAGACAUCACACAAGCCAGUAGUGUAAAACACUCCCAAGAUAUUUAGCAUGAAACUAUGUGCAUGUUCACAUGGGAGCUUUUAUUUCACUGUUGCAAGGUUUGAAAAUGUCAAGAUGUUAAGUAACAUUUUAGUCUCAUGUGAAACAGGUUUAAGUCUGACAUUGUAUGCUUAGCCUUGCACUCAAUUUUUUAUUCAAACUUUAAAAUCCACAUGUUGAUUAAAACUUAACCAAUGUAAAGAUAUUCAGCACUAUUUUUUACUGUUUUGUUAGACAAAAAAUUUAAAAUUUACAAAUAAUUUAUCACGGAAGAACAUUACUGUACUACUUUGUCCAGUAUAUUACACACACAUGCACAGGCAGGAUAAGCCAUUGACCACAAGCCCAAUCAUAUAAAACAUAAUCUUAAAUGCCAAAUGCUACUCCUUAAA